CGCCGCCGCCGAGUGCCACGUUGCUGGAGCCCAGUGGGGACGUGGAAAGUGUCAGUCAGUGCCGGGUGGGCCGGUGGUGUUGCCUCAUUUUGCCUGCUUUUGUGCCCCGUUAGUCGUCGAAAAGAAGGAUUUCUGCUCCUUUUUUUUUUAAUAUAUAUAUUUUUGUAUCCAGUGUGUGCGUGUAUGUGUCAGGACGAGCAAGGAUGAAACUGAAGGAGAUCAACCGCACGGCCAUCCAAUGCUGGAGCCCGGCGCAGCACCACCCCAUCUACCUGGCGACAGGUACGUCCGCCCAGCAGCUGGACGCCUCCUUCAGCACCAGCGCCUCCUUGGAGAUCUUCGAGUUGGACCUGUCCGACCCGUCGCUGGACAUGAAGUCAUGUGGCAGCUUCUCUUCUUCUCACAGGUACCACAAGCUGGUGUGGGCUUCUUUCGGAACAGACUCCCAAGAUCACCCGGCAGGCGUGGUCAUCGCCGGGGGGGAGAACGGCAACGUGAUCCUCUACGACGCCGCCAAGGUGGUGGGCGGGGAGAGCGACGUGGUGGGGGCGGAGAGCGACAGGCACACGGGCCCGGUCAGGGCUCUGGACGUCAACCCCUUCCAGGUCAGGCCAACCUCUUUGCCUCCGCUGGGAACGAGUCUGAGAUCUACAUCUGGGAUAUCAACAACUUCACCUCCCCCAUGACACCUGGGCCCAAAAAUCAGCCCGUGGAGGACAUCAGCUGUGUGUCGUGGAACAAGCAGGUGCAGCACAUCCUGGCCUCCGCCAGUCCCAGCGGACGUGCGUCCGUGUGGGACCUGCGCAAGAACGACCUCAUCAUCAAAGUCAGCGACCACAGCAACAGAAUGCACUGCUCCGGCCUGGCGUGGAACCCGGAGGUGGCCACCCAGCUGGUCCUGGCCUCCGAGGACGACCGCAUGCCCGUCAUCCAGAUGUGGGAUUUACGAUUCGCCACGUCCCCUCUCAAGAUCCUGGAGAACCACACCAGGGGCAUCCUCGCCAUCGCCUGGAGUCUGGCCGACCCCGAGCUGCUCCUCAGCUGCGGGAAGGACAGCAGGAUCCUGUGCUGGAACCCCGGCACGGCGGAGGUGGUCUACGAGCUGCCCACCGGCAGCCAGUGGUGCUUCGACGUCCAGUGGUGCCCCAGGAACCCGGCGGUGCUUUCGGCCGCCUGCUUCGACGGCCGCAUCGGCGUUUACUCCGUCAUGGGCGGCAGCAGUCGGCACGUCGAGCAGAUGACCAACUCCUUGGCCAACAUGGAUCCGUUUGGAACAGGCCAGACGUUGCCCCCCUUGCAGCUGCCCCAGUCAGCCGCCCCCCCAGCCAGCGUCAACCCCCUGAAGAAGCCCCCCAAGUGGAUCCGCAGGCCCGUGGGGGCGUCCUUUGCCUUCGGAGGCAAGCUGGUGUCCCUGGAGAACAACACCGCCGCCGACUCCCAGCAGGGCAGCGCACGCGUGGUCCACGUCAGCCAGGUGGUCACUGAGACCGCCUUCUUGGAGCGCUCCCAGCGCCUUCAGGACACGCUCACCGCCGGCGGCUUCCAGGACUUCUGCCAGGAGAAGAUCCUCGCCGCCGAGAACGACCUCGACAAAACUGUCUGGUCUUUCCUCAAGGCCAACUUUGAAAGUGACGUGCGCAGUAAGUUCCUGGAGCUUCUGGGCUACAACAAAGAGGAGCUGGCCGCCAAGAUUUCAGCAGCUCUGGAGGGGAAGCCCGCGGACGCUCUCACGGAGGACGUGUGCGCCACAGCCAGCGUGCAGCCGCCGCCGCCACCGCCCGACAAUCCGGAGGCAGCGUUCGACCUGAUCGCCGCCUCGAACCUUCAGACGGGCGAGGACUCGGCCGCGGACGGUCUAGACGAGGAUGUGGCUCCACAGGAGGAGGGGGAAGAAAUCGCCUUGGAGGAGGACGUCCCCCUGGAGGAGGAGGAGUCCUCUCCCGCCACCACGCCGGCGCAGGCGGAGGAGCCCCCCGCUGGAGGAGUCAGCCUCGGCAUCAGUCAAGAUGUGGAUGGACUGAUCACGCAGGCCCUGCUGACCGGCGACUUUGAGGCAGCCGUGGAGCUCUGUCUCCAUGACAACCGCAUGGCCGACAGCAUCAUCUUGGCCAUCGCCGGUGGGGCCGAGCUCCUGGAGAAAACCCAGAGGAAGUAUUUCAGGAAAACGCACAGUAAGAUCACCAAGCUGAUCAGCGCUGUGGUGAUGAAAGACUGGCACGACGUCCUGAAGACGUGCGACCUGCACAACUGGAGGGAAGCCCUGGCGGCCAUCAUGACCUACGCUCAGCCCGAGGAGUUCUCCUCACUUUGCGACCUCCUUGGGGCUCGUCUAGAGGCGGCUGACGAGGCUCAGCUGCAAGCGAACGCCUGCCUGUGCUACAUCUGUGCCGGCAACAUGGACAAGCUGCUUUCCUGCUGGACCGCAGCACUGGAGCGACACUGUCCUCUCUCUCUGCAGGGACUGGUGGAGAAGGUGGUGGUGCUGCGGCGUGCGGUGGAGCAGACGCAGCGCUCGGGCCCCGCCGCCAUCGGCGUCCUGCUGGCGGAGACCAUGGGCCACUACGCCGGCCUUCUGGCCUCCCAGGGCAGCCUGUCCACCGCCAUGGCCUACCUGCCCGACAACACUGACCAGGUGGCCGUGCGACAGCUCCGCCAGCGCCUCACCCAGGCUCUGGGUCAGCAGAAGGUGGCGGCGGCGGCGACGGCUCCGCUUCAAACACACAACACUCCGUCUUCACGCGGCGCCGCGCAGCACCGCCAUCCCUUCACUCCGGUCCAGCCUCAUGCCACCCCGGCUCCACCUGUGCCUGCGCCGACCUCGGUCCCACCACAGCAGCAGUAUUACCAACCCGUAAGGCCUGCCUCCACCGUCACCUCCUGGAGUAACCAAACUCCGACAGCCCUCCCCAGUGCUCCACACCCUCUGCAGGUGGGCCCCGCCUCCCAGCAGAAGGUGGAGCCGCCCAAGCCUGUGUACGGGAUGGCUGGUGCCUACAUGUCGUCCCAGCAGUACCAGCCCCCCCCCCAGGUGGAGCACUACACACCUGGAGCCUAUCAGCCUCUUCACUACUCCUCCUCCCCCCCACCCCCGCCCGGCUUCCUCUCUCACUACACCCAGCCUGCACCACCCCCCAGCCUGCCCUCACCCACCUCCUCUCAGCCUCCUUUCUUCCCCUCCCCCUCCUCUCACUACACCCAGCCUGCACCACCCCCCAGCCUGCCCUCACCCACCUCCUCUCAUCCUCCUUUCUCCCCCUCCUCCUCCUCCUUCCCGCCUCAGCAUCCUCUGUCCUCCUGCGGAGCCUCUUUCCAGCACGGCGUGCCGGGCUCACCUGGGUCCUACGCACCGCCCCCUCUGCCGGGUGGAGUCUCAGGUCCUCAGAACGGCUGGAACGACCCCCCAAACCUCAGCAGGUCGUCCAAGAAGAAGAUGUCUGAGAAUUUCACCCCGCCCGUGCCCAUCACCGCCCCCAUCAUGAGGCCCCUGGGCGCCGACCCUCAGGCGCAGCCCGUAGCGCCGCAGGGCCCGGCAGCGGGCUUACACGGCUACCAGGCCCCGUACUCGGGCGUUCAGCAGACCUCGCCCGCGAACCCGAGCCUGCCCAAGACCAGCACGGAGGGGGCCCCGGGGGCCCCGACGGGCGACGCCAUGCAGGUGAGAUCAAAGCCUGGUAUUUAUGGCGAGCGGGUGUUGACUCCGCCCCGGCCUCCGCAGACCUUGCCCGCCGAGAAGAUCCUGAAGAAGCCGAUCCCCGACGAGCACCUGGUCCUCAAGACCACCUUUGAGGGCCUCAUCCAGAAGUGCUUGGCCGUGGCCACGGACCCGCAAACCAGGAGGAAGCUGGACGACGCCAACAAACGACUGGAGGCGCUCUAUGACAAGCUGAGGGAGCAGUCGCUCUCCCCCGCCAUCGUGGGCGGUCUGCACGACAUGGCGAGGAGCGUGGCGUCGCGCUCGUACGGCGAGGGUCUCAACAUCCACACGCACAUCGUGGGCAGCAGCAACUUCAGCGAGACGUCCGCCUUCAUGCCCGUCCUCAAGGUGGUGCUGACGCAGGCCAACAAGCUGGGAGUGUGAGCGCCCGGAGAGACGUCGCCACGGCAACCAAUCAAGGGCUCUUUUCAACUUCCUCCACCAAUCACAUCAUCACUUUGGAAGUCCAGGUGAAGAGUGAAGGACUCCUCAAACACUCUUUUCUUCACUUCACCUCAUGAUUGGCAAACAGUUAUUCAAGUAAAAACAUAUUUCUAAGUAAAAAAAAUCAUUUCUAACAGUAAAAAAACAAAAACAGUUUUCUCCAUUAAAAUAAAAAGAUUCGUAAGUAAAAAACAAAACAAUUAUCAACCAGUAAAAUGAUUUGCAUGUAAAAAAAAAAAAAAAAAACUUUCUGGAACUAAAAAAACAUUUGUAAGUAUAAAAUAAAUGUUUUUGAUUUGGUUGUAAAAUAACAUUUAUUUUCCAAGAAAAAAAAAAAAUUCAAGUAAGAAAAAAGAUUUGAAAGUAAUAAAAACAAUUCUCUGAAAGUCAAAAAAAAACUGAUGUAAAAAUAGUUCACAAGUGAAAAAAAAUUCUGCAAGUAAAAAAAACAAACAAAAUUCCUUCAAAUAAAGAAAAAUAUGCAAGUACAAACAAAAAAUUCUUCAAAUGAAAAAAAAGGAUUCGCAAGUCAUA